UGGAGUGGGAGGGGAUGAUGAUUUGGGUAGAUGACGAUUUAAUGGGUUGCGCAGCAAACCAACACAAAUGAGAUGCAAACGGGACUACAAGCCGUGCCGUAUGUUGACAUCGCAUAGGCACAUAUGUGGGGACGUUGUCUACUUUGAUUGAGGCAAUGAUGUUGUAGUUAAUAAGUUGCAUCGAAAAAAGGAUUGCAAGAUCAUGAUCAACUGAGAAGCGGUAUGUACACUUUGUAACAGGUUUCUGUCGGUUGUUCCACUUGAUGUUAAGCAAAUAACUUAUUCCAAGUGUUCUACUGCAUGAUUCUUCAAAAGGAUAGUCUUCUGGUCUGGGUUCUGCAAGAGAUACCACCACCUGACAUAUAGACUGGUCACAUGACUACCACAUGUGGCGUAUCUGUCAAAACUCUCUGAUACAUGACACAUACAUUUAGAAGAACAUUCGGAUACCAUGAGACCGUGUUUGUAAGCAAGGCUCAGGUUUUACUUUUCCCAAGUAUAAACUGUAAAGAUUGUUGUAUGAUGUAAACACAUGGCAUUGAAUAAAAGGUGUUUGUAGUAUGAAUACUUGUGACUCAGCGAUAGAGCAGUGUUUUGUGAUUUGAUAAGAUGGCAGUUACGAUGAACAGCGCCGCUGAGCUGCUGUCGCUGGCCCAGCGGCUGAAGGAAGAGAGGCUUUACAUCCAGUCUGAGAAGAAUCUCCUUCAGGGGCUUCACGAGGAGGUAACCCAGACCUCGGACAAACUCCAUCGUGUUGCCUGGAUCACCCAACAGCAGCGUCAGACCCUCAACAGUCUGGUAAGGGCAAGCUCCAAUUCCCCUCCUGCUGCCUGCUGCUACCGGGCCAACGCCCUGGAGCGGGUCGGGUUCGUCGAUGGGUACAAGCAGCUGGGGUUCCAGGACUCGCUGUACGGAGACGUGUUGAACUUUCUUCGAGAGAACCCCUCGAUUACGGCUCAGAUCUUAGCCCAAGGGGAGAGAGCGAACCUUGAGAGGGCACCAGGAUUAGUGCACUCUGUUAUCUCUGGUAUUUAUGGAAACUGUGUCGUGGAUGAUGAUGAGCAGCACUUCUUAAUUUUCAUUCAAUCUCUGAUGAGACACCAGCUCUCGGAGAGUGAUGAUCCUCGUCGGUUACUGAGGAGAGGGCGCUGUGCGUUUGCUAUAGCUUUUAAAGUUUUCACAGAAGCCCUGUUCAGUGGGAAACUGUACUUGACAGCAGCGUUGCAUGAACCCGUCAUGGCUGUGCUAAUGAAUGACGAAGUCUGCUUAGAAACGGACGUCCAAAAGGCAAUGGACCACUUUUCCCCAGAGGAACGGAAGCAGCGAUUUGGAACCCCAGGAACUCCGGAGUAUGAACAAAGCGUCCAGAAACACAUGAACAGCAUCAUGGACCAACUUGUGGGACUAUGUAACAAAUUCAUUAUUGGACUACACAGUAACAUCUACUGCUUCCCUCCUAGCCUGGACUGGAUCAUCAGUCAGCUUCAUAAGAUCUUGGUGGAUGCAGGUCAAGUGGGGUCAGCGGACAUCCGUAUCAUGUGUGCUGAUCUCCUGCUGACCUGCUUCGUCGGUCCCGCGAUCGUUGAUCCUGAGCCCUAUGGCAUCACGUCGGACAUCCUGGUGAGCGAGACGGCUCGGUUCAACCUGAUGCAGGUUGCUCAGAUCCUACAAGGUCUGGCUCUCCAGACGUCGACGACCAGCAAGGAAUCCUCAGGCAGGGUACCGGACAUCUACGCAAGAUUUCCAAAGGGUUGUAUGUCCAGCUACUUGGAUGCAUUGAUUGAUAACCUGAGCUCAUCCGACAUGCCACCAACCACCAGCCAGCUCAAAGGAAUGACGAGGGGCUCCACCUUCAUCACGGAGACAGAGUUACAUAGCUUGAUUUCAUAUGUCAGAGAUGUGCUAGCCACCAACCCGGACCAGGCCCUCUUCAAGGACCUAGAAGGUCACCUUGCCAGCCUCCCAGCCUCCACCCCUCACACUCCAGCAGGGGGGCAGAAGCCCGCCCCUACCACCAACGCAAUUCCCUGUCCUCAGGGUAGCCAGAUCACCUCCCCCAAGUCAGGCAUCGCUCCUGGAGCAUCCUCCCCCAACCUCAGCUUCAAGGGAAACCUCGCUUCUAUAGUGUCGAGCAGUGUACUAGCGAGGAGGAUGGGUAAGACGAGUACGGUCAGUCCAUCUGGUCAAGAUGAUGACAGUCUUGAGAUCACUGGUCAAACCGAAUGUGUAAUGGUCACUCAGCCCGAGGACGUUUUGGUCAUUGGUUUGGGGAAUCAAAUCAACGAGUGUCCAGGAAUGAUGUCAGAAGCUAAGGUCCUCAGUUCGCUACCCCAGAAGGCCAAGAAGAGGAAUUCCAUAGAUGCCUCUCAGAUCCGAACCGGUGGUAACCUGGCGUCUAUCAGUGAGAUGCCCGAGAAGCAUCUAAGGUUCUCCGCCGAUGCAUCAGGAAACAGUGACAACAUGAUGGAGGCCAUGUCUAUAGGUGCAUCUAACUCUGUAUACUCCAUGGAUCUGGAGGGUGAGAAUGUCAGUAAUCUGAGUGGACGCAACACGCCAAGGUCCGCCAUCAGUAUGGCUAGCAGCACCACUGAACAUAACAGACCGGAAAUCAUUGACUCUACUCAGCUCCCGAACAAUACGAACAUCACAGACCAGUUUGGAAAGUUUGACAUCGGCACGAACCUCCAAGAUGGGAAGAACAUGGUGCCAGAAACCUUCAGUGAGACGUGGAGCACAGACGUGAUCGGGAGCGACACCUCGGAGCCCAUCCCCAACGACCACCUCCAGGAGAUAGCCGAGGAGGAGGCCAACCUGCAGGGAGCCACGGCAUCCUUCCUAGGGGUCCAUCCUCCGCUCAACGAUCCCCAGGAGACUGGUAGCGAGACGUGGAGCGUCGAUGUGCUUCAGAGUGAUUCGGAACAGACCGAGGAUAGGCUUCAUGAGGUUGAUGACAGUCAGUUGGACCUAGCGGGUGUGAUGACGGAGCAGGAGUCAGAGCAGCUCCUGGCCAAGGUUGGCACGGAGGCUGGCUCCAGGAGGAGUUCCUCUGGAGAAAGCCAUAGCGUUGAUAGGAGCUCCAGUAACGACAGCCCUAGUGUGGAGGAGUGUGCUAAGAAAGGGGCAAACCUAACACUUGAGUCUACUGGUUCUAAGCUGGCCAGUCUGUUUCCAUCUGAUGACCUCUCCUCGAGCCAUUCUCUGUCCAGCACCCAGCGACCUAGAGAUCCUGCCAUGUUUGACCGGUCCGACAAACCUCCUACCGUCCCUGCCCGGCCAUCUAGAGCACCCCCAACAUCCAACAUCGGAGGGUCUUAUGAUGUUAUCCACACGGCAGGUGACACUGUCCAAAGGAAUGGAGUUGGCCCAGAUCUGGCCAAGAGCACCAAGUCCUUGACCUCCCUGGACGUGGACAGUGUCCUGCAGGACUUUGAUCCUCUCAGCACCCCUUCCCCAUCCUCUAACCCAUUCACUUUGUCCAUGAAUGGGAACGUCCCAACGGUCAAGAGGACCAACCUGCCGCAAGGUGCCAAGCCGAAGGUUAGAUCAUCGCCUCAAUCUGCCCAAGGGAUGCCUGUUGGUGGUGGUGGGGUGAGGUAUAGUGACAAUCUAGGCACCUUUAAUCCAAUCUAUGAGAUGCACAAUAAAGCAUUCCAACCAGCUGCUGCCAAUCAGGACAGUCUCUUUGAUGUCAACCCCAACACUCAGUUUGCCAUCAUCAAUCAUGGCUUCUCCGAACAGGGGAUGCCUCAGAAUACCCAGAGGGACUCCAACUACUUGUCCGGUUAUGCCAACCCCUUAGCCAGCUUUGACACCCUCCCACCCCCAGGGGCACACCCCUCACACUUCGGACCUCCUUCCUCCCAAUCGCAAACCACAACCUUCCCUGUCAGGAACUCUGUCGGAGGGUCGGACAGCGGAGUGAACUCUGGAGAAUCAGCGUCCAACAGCGAUCACUUCUCUAACCGAGCGGACAGCUCCAUCAGUACAGGCAGCAGCGGUAGCAUGUCGCUUCUGAUGGUGUCAUCGGAAAGCUUCAAACCGGUCGAAGCUAAUCAGAUGUCCAGCGGCGAAUGGCCAAUCAUGGACAAUCAGGGUAAUGCCAACUUCCUCUCGUCACCGAGCUCGAGUACGGGUGCUGUGGUAGGAAGCUCAGAAGAUAGCGAUUCGAAGCUUGGAAGCACGCCCUCGUUUGACAGGUCUAUCAGCAGUGACAGCUAUGAAAUGGAGGGAUGUCCUGACAGUCCUGAUAAAGGCAGGUCUUGGUUCAAAAAGAAAAUCAAGCAGAUUAACAGGUCAAUCGGAUCAGCACGUGCUAAGUCACAGAAGGACAAGUCUGGCGGUGGAAGAGAGGAGCAGGGCUGGUCAUCACAGACCAAUGCACAGCUUUCUGCUAAGGAUGCUAGAGGCUCGACAGACAACAUACAGAUCAUUCCAAACCCUGCCCUAGUACCAGACUUAUUUGAAACAGAACAAGGCGUGAAGGAUGCAUCAGUGCCGGAGACGAGCAGUGAGGAUAUACUCAAUAAGUAUCGUGACCUGGGGAAAGGUCGUUCCAACGACCACUUAGAAGCCACGGAGGACAGUGCAACUGAUGGGACGAAUGCAGACUCAUCCAAUGAAGAUGAUUCCGGUAGCCAUGGCGACAAACCGGACUCUAACAGCACCGAACCCAGCAGCUCUGCCGACUCUGAGAACCUGGAAUCCACCUACGCUUUCAACGACGCCAAGCGCAAGCUCCGCAUCGUCCUCCGCUCGGCCGACCUCCACACGUUCUCCUCCCUGUCGAACCAUUCCACGCACUGCCGAGCUAGGGGUGGGGGCGGGGUCAUGGGUGACAUGGGGGACGGGAAGGAGAUGUCACGUUACCCGGAGAAUGAGCUGGUGGCCUUCAUGAAGGUCCAGCUUGCCGAGGCGAUGAAUCUUCAAGAUAAAGCGUUGAUAGCACAGCUGAGAGAGACCCUCAGAUGUGUGGGCAACUUUGAUAAUGAAGGAUGUCGUAAGUUACUAGCAGUACUGCGGGAGGAAUACGAGGCCAGGUCACCAUACAUAGCAUACCUAGUGAGGACUAGGAAAGGCUUGGCUCUGUCUAAGGCUCAUCUAGAGAGACAACUAGAGAGAAUUCAAAGAGACAAGGAGGUGGUGAAUAAAUUCUUCACCAUGGUGUGUGUGAGGUUCUUCUUAGAGAGACAGGAACAGACCAUUAUCAAGUUCAUUUCAGACUUCAAAGCUCUUACCGCUGCGGAUGAAAAGACUCACCUAGUCAAGUAUUACCUGUCUACACUCAAUAACUGGAUUCAACAGGACCCAAUAUGGCAAGCUGCCAGCGAGACCCAGAAGCAGGAUGCCGAGCUAGCGACGGAGCGAGCCAUCAUGAGCCGCAUCUACAAGCUAGCCCUCUACCCCAACGGGGACGGAGACAUCCUGCGCGAUCAGCUCUUCAACCAACACAUCCAGAGGCUCGGCAGGGUGGUGUCUGGCUCGCACAAGGCCCUGCAGAUCCCGGAGAAGUACAGGAGGGAGUCGCCCUGGCCGGCGGCGCAGGCAGAGAUACUCAACAUCAAUGCCUAUAAGACUCCUAAAGACAAAGUGCAAUGUGUAUUGAGAUGCUGUACAAUCAUCAUGAACCUUCUCAGCAUGGCCGACGGCGCAGCGCCACCUGGUGCAGAUGACUUUGUCCCGGUUCUCAUGUUUGUCCUCAUCAAGGCCAACCCCCCUAGUCUGCUCUCUACCAUCCAGUACGUCAAUAGCUUCUAUCUAGAGAACGAUCCCUACAGCGAUAGUGACGGGUCGUCAGGCAGCGGAGAAGAGCGGUACUGGUGGAUGCAGUUCAGUGCGGCCGUAGAGUAUUCCAAAACCAUUGAUGAUAGGAAAUAGUGCUUCUAGUACCUAGAGAAAGACUUGUACAGCAGUGCUUCUAUGUCAAUAUCUUCUAUCUAAAGAACGAUCCCUACAGCGAUAGCGAUGGGUCGUCAGGCAGCGGAGAAGAGCGAUACUGGUGGAUGCAGUUCAGUGCGGCCGUAGAGUAUUCCUAAACCAUUGAUGAUAGGAAGUAGUGCUUCUAGUACCUAGAGAAAGACUUUUACAGCAGUGCUUCUACGUAAAGAAUGACCCGUACAGAUGUGCUUGUACUUCAGAGAAUGAUCCUAACAGCAUUA